AUGGAGGAGGCGGAGGAGCAACUCUUUGAGGGAAAAAGAUCGCAGCUCGCCCCCGAGCGGCGCCCGGACCGGGACUCAGGAUGGAGCGCUUCCAGAGAAGGCCGCACUCAGAGCCUCCAGGUCUUCCCACCGGAGCUGGCCCGAGCCGUCCUCGCUCUAAAGACUCUCCCCCGGGGUCUAGCCCUAGGCCCCUCGCUCACCGGAGAUCAGCGCCUGGGGAUCUGGUGUGUCGGGGAGCCCCUGCAGCCUGGACUGCACUGGGGACCACUGGAAACAAAGUCUACCUCUGAAAAGGACGAGGAAGUGGAAACACGGCCUGAGGAGGAUCUGUUCCUAGGCCCGUGGCAAGACAUUUGUGUCAGUGAGCAGAGUUCAGAUUGGACCAGUUUGGUGCAACAGGGCAGACGGGAGAGUGAGGGAAACGUAGCUCCAGUGCUGAUCAACGAGAGGCUCCACCUGCAGGUGUACCAGCUCGUGCUGCCAGGCUUCGAACUACUGCUGCAGCCCCAGCUUCCCUCUGAGGACCACAGCCCCUCCCAGCCCAGGCUAGAGGCUGUGGCAACCAAAGUCCAGUCCGCUGCCCGAGACCUUUUAGAAGAGGUCUCCCUUGAGGAGAAUGUAGCAGAGAACUGCACAGGUCUCAGUCACCAGUGGCACCCCAAUAUCCAGGCAGAGAGCACAGUGAGCCCUGGAUUGAAGCCCCAAGCUCAGGAGCCCCUUUCCAUGGGCAGCCAACUACCUGGCUUACUGCUUCAGGACAGCUGUGUAGACAGGGAAGAUCGGCCCCAGACACAGAUGCCGCCUGAGCCGCAGAGCAGCCCCGCUGACCAGGAGGACCCAGACAGCAGUGAGACCAGUUCCUUAUCGUCUUCCAGGGCCUCCCAGCCUCAUGCCCACAUGACCAAGAAGUGCUGCAGCCCCAGUGAUCAGUGCCCACCCAGAGCAGAGACCACAGAGCCCAAGGACAAGCAGGCCAAAGAGCUUCCUGGCUUCCCUGCACAUUUACGGACCCCUCCUGGUGGUGUGGCAGGCAACUCGUCGAAGUCGGGGCGACGGUACCCGUGCGGGGAGUGUGGCAAGGCAUUCCUGCAACUGUGCCACCUCAAGAAGCACGCCUUUGUGCACACGGGUCACAAGCCCUUCCUUUGCACCGAGUGUGGCAAGAGCUAUAGCUCUGAGGAGAGCUUCAAAGCCCACACGCUGGGCCACCGCGGGGUGCGGCCCUUCCCUUGCCCACAGUGUGACAAAGCCUACGGCACCCGGCGCGACCUCAAAGAGCACCAGGUGGUACAUUCUGGCGCCCGGCCUUUUGCUUGUGACCAGUGUGGCAAGGCCUUUGCCCGCCGGCCUUCCCUGCGGCUGCAUCGCAAGACCCACCAGACGCCAGCUGCCCCUACUCCAUGCCCUUGCCCUGUUUGUGGGCGACCCCUGGCCAACCAGGGCUCUCUGAGGAACCACAUGCGGCUCCACACUGGAGAGAAGCCCUUUCUAUGUCCGCACUGCGGCCGGGCGUUCCGCCAACGGGGCAACCUGCGUGGGCAUCUGCGGCUGCACACGGGGGAGCGUCCGUACCGCUGCCCACACUGCUCAGAUGCCUUCCCCCAGCUGCCUGAGCUGCGGCGCCACCUCAUUGCCCACACCGGGGAGGCCCACCUUUGCCCUGUAUGUGGGAAGGCCCUUCGAGACCCCCACACACUGCGUGCUCAUGAGCGCCUGCACUCGGGGGAGAGACCCUUCGUGUGCCCCCAGUGUGGCCGGGCUUACCCACUGGCCACCAAGCUGCGGCGCCACCUCAAAUCCCACCUCGCAGACAAGCCCUACCGCUGUCCCACCUGCGGCAUGGGCUACACCCUCCCCCAAAGCCUCAAGCGGCACCAGCUCAGUCACCAGCCUGAGGUGCCCACCAUCCAACCCUCUGUGGUUCCUGCGGCUUCAGAGACCACUGUGGUGCUGCUGCAGGCUGAGUCCCAACUGCUGGACGGGUCCAGCGAGCGGGUAGUCUCCCCAGCCAGAGACAUCGUUGAGGUUACCAUCUCUGAGAGCCAGGACAAGUGCUUUGUGUUACCAGAGGAGUCCAGCUCCUCACACAGCCUGAUGCUCAUCCAUAAGGACAUGGGCUUUAGUGCCUGGGCGGAAGUGGUGGAGGUAGAGACGGGCACCUGA